GUCCUGCAGGAUGAUGCCAGAGAACUUCACUUGGGCCAGGGGUGCCGCUACGGAGUUCAUCCUCCUGGGCAUCACAGAUCGCUGGGACCUGCACCUGACCCUCAUCCUGAUCUUCCUGCCCGUCUACCUGGUGAGCCUGCUGGGAAAUGUGGGCAUGGUGCUGCUAGUCUACGUGGUCGCCCAGCUCCACUCACCCAUGUACUUCUUCCUGGCCAACCUCUCCCUGCUGGAUGCCUGCUAUUCCUCAGCCAUCGGAGCCAAGAUGCUGUUGCCCUGCAUCUCCAUCCCUUACGCAGCCUGUGCCCUCCAGAUGUUUUUGUUUACAGGGCUGGCGGAUGCCAAGUGUUGCCUGUUGACAUCCAUGGCCUAUGACUGCGAUGUGGCCAUCGGAAGCCCUCUUCUCUACGCCACUGCCGUGUCACGGCGUCUGUGUCUGGUCUUUCUGGCAGCAUCAGGCCUGGGUGGGGCAGUGAGUGCCGUGGUCCACACGACCUUCACCUUCCACCUGAGCUGCUGCGGCUCUCGGGAGGUGAACAGCUUCCUCUGCGAUAUCCCUCCACUGCUGGCCAUCUCCUGCAACGACACCAGUCUCAGUGAACUUCUCCUCUUCGUCGUCUGUGGCUUCAUCCAGACAGCCACCGUGUUGGCUUUCGCCGUGUUCGGGUUCAUUGCCGGAGCCAUGAUCGGCAUGCACUCGGCCAAGGGCCGGUGGCGAGCAGCCUCUACCUGUGGCUCCCACCUCACGGCCGUGGCCGUGCUUUACGGGACAAUCAUUUUCAUGAACCUGUGCCCCAGCUCCAGCUACACCCUGGACACUGACAAGAUGGCAUCUGUGUUCUACACCCUUGUCAUCCCAGCUCUCAACCCGCUCACCUACAGCCUCUGCAACAAAGAGGUCAGGGAGGUGCUCGGAAGGAACUGGAAGCACUGCUGCUGUCCGAGGCCGGCGCACGAGUGCGAGGUCCGAGAGGCUGGUUAGGACUGACUCUGAAGAGAUGAGGAGAGCUCUUCCCGGGCCCGGUCACUGUGGGUAAAGGUGGAGGUUCCUCUGGCUGGGUGUCUCUUGUCAUUGUUUGAGGGGGAGAAAAGGGGAGAAACUGAAGCUUACAGACAGGAGACAGGAACCUGGAGUAAUCUAGCCCCAGCGCCAGAAUCAAGAUCAAGUUAAUCUGCUGUAGAGAUGCCUUAGGUUCCUCGAUGUUCAAAACAUGGAAGUUCCUGCAUGU